AUUCCAAAAUUCCCCAAAUCCCCAUUUCCCAAAUUCCAAAUCUCCCAACUCCUCUCCCAACUUCCAUCUCCUUCACCCCCAAAAUACCCCUCCAAACAUACCAACUCAUCCACUACCACAAUCCACAAAUCUAAACCAUUUAAACAACAACCCAACACCUAUUUUUCCCAGAAAGUAAAUUCGUACGAAACGAAACGAGAUCGCAACAAGGUCAAUUCUGCAUCUCGUCAGGCAAUAAACAUUAAAAUUCCCGAUAACCGGCUACUUCACGGUACUUUCCCGAACAGGGUACCAUUUUGUGAUUCUGCAGUCCCUACGCGUGCAUUAUAACGCGUGUUCCUGUCAAAUACAUUUCCUCCUAACAAAAAACAUUUGAGCCGUCGAAACGAACCGCGGAACAGGAGGAAAGCGGUGGAAAAGGAAAAUAAAUGGCAAGGGAAAAGAGAGAGGGGAAAAAUAAGUCAGAGAGAGAACGAGCACGUGAGCGAGAAAGAGAACAGUUUUACACGCGUUCGCAUUCAGUCUGCCCGCGGCGUUCGUGCCAGUCGUAUUCCGUGGCUUCUUUCAGAUUUUAUUGCCUGUUCGUUAUUUGUAUGCUUUUGUUCUGUAUCGGGAUUAUGAACGAAUGUGCGAGUCGCGAUCGAUCGGUUGAGCUUCAAUGAUGUGUUUAAUGAACCGCGUGGAUGGUGUAGGGAAAAGGACUAUAUUAGGUACAAACACCUCAAAGAACCUCCCAAAACUCCACUAAAAUACCAAAGGAAUUUCCGAAGAAUAACUCAAAUGGAUGAAUCCGCAAAUGCAAAGAAACAAUUAGAAACGAGUCUCGACAAGAAAUCAGCUUACCUGAAAGCGACUAAUUACCCCGUGAAUGGUAACGAUUUAACGAAAGUACCUAAACGAAAGCUGUCAGUGUUUUACCGAUCGUUUGACUUGAUUGCACCGAUCGAUCAAGAGAAAGAGAAAGAAACGCUCGAGUUCCGACGAACAUCCAGCAGUCCUUCUGUACGAAUCGAGAGGACUCAGGAAAACAAUGAAAUCUCUUCGCAAACGAGUUCCUAUAAAAAAGUCUUCGUCGAUAAUUGUCGCUCGUUAAUUGACAGCGACAAAGGUUUGAGCAACUCGUCGCCUGAUUGUCUUAGCGAGAAGUGCACGACGAAUUCGGAAGUGGCAACGAUUAAGCUACCGCAGGUGAAAGAAGGCGCGAUUGUUGAUGAUUAUUCUACGCAAAACUGGAUUGGGAAAUGUAGGGUGGACAGUAAUGAAAAUCAUGAGAACACCGUUGACAGUGCUUCAACCGAUUCCUCCAGUCAUCCCUUAACGAGCGUCCAAUCGAUCAACCAAGGAAAACAGGUCAACAACGAAAGAAUCUCUUCGACCAUCGGGUCAAACGUGACCGUGAAGACGAAUGUGUUUCGCAAAAAUUCACCGGAAACACAUCGUGUCUGGCCGCACACGACGAACACCGAUCUGGUCAAGAUCAAAGAUUCGGAAUAUCCCCGCUCGUACGUGAACGCAUCGAGUGCUGGUCGUCUCGGAAAAUAUACACCAGUCGAUCCCGAAAUGUCGAGUCACGAGGAUAGCUCGAUCGGUUCCGAUAGCGAGGACGAUUCGAUCGAAAGAGGAAGCGGCACGCAGAUUUACUCGCGAAACGAAACUGACAAGAACGAGGCAUCGAAGAAGAGCAGCAUACGCUCCCACACCUCGGCUUGUUUUUCCACUGGCGAAUCCUCCGGGGAUCUGGACAACGAAAUUGUAAAUUCUGAGAAGAACCGAGACCCGAAGGAGUUACGAGCGAAGCGACAAAAAUUCUUCGCGGUGAGGAGAUCCUUGUCGGAAGGUGACAGCGAAAGAUACCACCGUGCGAGACGACACUGCAAGUGCAUCAGACAGGAGUUGUUCGACGAAACGGAACAGUUUCCUGCUUUUCCCACCUUCAACGACAGCAGGUUACAAAUUAUCGGAUUAUCGAACGCGAAAGACGCAGAUAACGUUUACAGGGAAAACUUGUCAGAGAACGAACUCGAACUAAAGUACGUCGCGUUUUCGAUAGGGCUGAGUACAGACAGAAUCACCUUGCAAAGAAGAAUGGCGCUGUCUCUUCGACAACGAGAUCAGUCGGAGAGAAAUUUCACGGACGAAGUGCAGAAGAUGCAAGAAGAUAUACAGGGUUUAUCGCCAUUAUGUACGGAUAGAGAUUCGAUAGACAAGGUAGACAAGAUUCGUCGUCGAUUAGACAUGGUGGCCCGAUGCGCCCAUGGGGUUUCCUGCGCUGCUGAGACGCUAGGAGCAGUGUACCAAGAGCAUAGAAUCUCUAAAGCAAUUUUUAUUGCCGAUAAGUAUCUUCAGAUAUUGCGCACCAGGUGCGAAAAUUUGGCUGCGGAAAUUGCGGAGAUCAAGGGAAUCUUACUAAAAAACAACAUUGUGAUAGAAGAGAAUUCGGGAGAGACCGGCGACGAUUUACCCAAAAUACGAUACAGGAAUGGAGUACCCACGAACAACAGAAUGAUAGCCCGAAGAAGAGCAAGCAUUGCAACAAUUUCAAGACCGUUAUCUUCGCAAGAUGUGAUAAAGGAAGGUCCACGGCAACGAAAUUCCGUUUCCGGAAGAGUCACUUUGAGGAGGCCGUCGUUGUGCUCUGAAACGCAAAGAUGGGAGAGUGAAAAAUUAAAUCGGACAGACAGUUCGAACAGUGUUGUUGAAUUACGAGACAUUUUCGAGCAAACUGAGUCACGGAGAAAUUCUGUUGAAGAAAAUAAUAAUUUAAGAACUGACCAGAGCAAUACAGUCGAUACCGUGAAUUGCAACAUCGCUAACGAUGUAGAGGCUGAAGAUAGAAUGAAUAAUAAACAGAACUCGUUCUUAGAAUCCAAUGUGACUAAAACUGUUGAGAAACAACUGAAAUUAUGUAUCGGAGCGGGAGAACCUUUGAAAUUACCCAGAAAUUUUGAAACAUGGCGACCGAUAUUGUGGUACAUACUGAUCUUCUUCCUUGGAUUUUAUGCGAAACAAGUUACGUCAUGUUGAUAUGGUCCCAACUUUGUAAUACAGUGCAAAAUUUCAAUAGCAGAAAUGGAGAACUAGUGUUCCUUCGUUACAGUAUUAAAUAGGUAAUCCGAGUGUAACGAUAUUGAAAAAAGGAAAAAAUAAACAAUCUGAUUUAUAAAUA